GAGAUAAAACACGACUCGGGAGAUAAAAGCUUUAUUGCACUUUAGCAUGCAGAAAAGAGGGCCGUUUUAAGGGAAAGGACUCCCCACUGUAAGCAACAUCCCCACGCCUCCCACACUGCUUCCUCUCCACUGAUUGUCUUGUUUCCACACACACUCAUCCGAACGCACUUCAGGCACGGGACAGCAUGACUAGCGGAUAUAAGGACGGGGCACCUGAAGAGGACUACGCUCACUCACCGUUCAUCAGGAAACAGGGGAACAUUUACAAACCAAAUAAUAAAGAAAUGGAUAACGACAGCAUCAACGAAAAGACGCUUCAGGAUGUCCACACCAAGGAGAUUGACCUGGUCAACCGGGACCCAAAGCAUUUAAAUGACGAUGUGGUGAAGGUGGACUUUGAGGAUGUGAUCGCCGAGCCUGCCGGCACCUACAGCUUUGAUGGCGUGUGGAAAGCGAGCUUCACCACCUUCACAGUGACCAAAUACUGGUGCUACAGGCUGCUGACGGCCCUGGUGGGCAUCCCGCUCGCCCUGGUAUGGGGCAUCUUCUUCGCCAUCCUCUCCUUCAUCCACAUCUGGGCGGUGGUGCCUUGCGUGAAGAGCUACCUAAUCGAGAUCCACUGCGUCAGUCGAGUCUACUCCAUCUGCGUGCACACCUUCUGCGACCCGCUCUUCGAAGCCAUGGGAAAGUGCUUCAGCAGCGUCCGGGUCUCCACCACCAAGGUGGUGUAGAGACAGGGAGAAGGAAAAAAAAGCCAGAGGGAUUGGGUGGGGUGGGGGAUACGGAAACCGAUGUCCGAAGUAGGAAGAUAAAACUAAUGUAACCUCUCUUAAAAAAGGGCAAAGGAAAAAGUGAACAGAGAUGGAGGGUUGCACUGUAUUUAGGUGGCCCUUAGGUAAGACUCUCCUCUCCGUCUCUGUUCUGUCCAUGAGCUUUGUCUUCUUUCAGCUUUGGAGUCCUUGAGGUGUUGGGGAUGUGUGUUACAAAAGGAUCUUUUUUUUUUUGUACAUUUUAGCAUUUAUCACCGUAGGAAUACCGUUUCAGCCCGACUUUUAAAGGAGAAGUUAAUGCAAAAAUGCAAAUUCUGUUAUUUACUUACCCUCGUAUCGUUCCAUGAUCGUCGCUCCGAAACCACCAUAAAAGUGAUCCAUGUGACUUGUGCACAAGUCUACCGCAGUCGUGUGAUAUGAAAUGUAGAGGAUGAGUCAUAUUAACCACUUUUAUGGUACUUUAAAGGUGCUUUUUUGGUGUUUUGUGUAUUCUUUGACAGUAGUCACAAGCAUUAAAAGGGAUUGUUCACCCAAAAUAGACAUUUGGUCAUGUUUAAACUUGUAUUAAACAGUCCCCAUAAGAAAGAAACUAACGCAGGUGUAAACGAUGACAAAUGUUUCAUUUUUGGGUGAACUAAUCCUUAGGGUAUAUACUGUAUGUAUAAAAAUAUAUAAAUAUAGUAUUAAUAAAAAAAGCUACAUUUAAAAAAAAAAAAAACAUUAAUGUAAAAGUAUAAAAUAAAUUCCGUUUUAUUUUUAAGAUGCAGUCACUUAAGUGACAUUUUGUCAGAAAUACUAUAUUUUAUAUAAAACCUGGAUUUCAGCCGUAAAAAAAAUUGCUGUACAUGUUCUACUUUGUAUGCAACUGAAAAGUCAUAGGUAUAUGCAUUUGGAAAGAUACGAGGUUGAGUAAACAUCACUGAAUUUUCUUUUUGGCGUGAACUAUAACUUUAAGAUUUGCCCGCUGGGACAAGGCUGUGAAUUUGUUUUUUUUUUAAUGGUUUUGCUUGUUUUUUUUUGUCCCCUUUUGUUCAUCGACACGUCCACUCAGCUGUCCCAAAGUAGUUCUAUUACGGCGUGUGAACAAUAUAUAACAGAUUCUAGUAGUUUUUGCUAUGUUCAUCUUUCCAUUUGGGUACUAUCGACCUUCAUCACUGGGGGUUUGGGAAAUCCAAACGUUUUCUGUUUGUUUUUGGGAACGGGCUCGGGGGAACCUGAACGAAUUUUAGAGUAAAAGAAAAAACAAGCAGGCGUGUCCCUGCUGAUGUCAAGACUGCCCGUCACACUGCACGCUGCCACUGAAUAUGGCGGACGGCCCGAACGCGGGGCAAAAGAGGUGCCCUCACUGAACCCUUUGCCAGCUCAGCAUAUACUAACAAAGAGACUGUUCCUGGCUCUGACAUGUAACGCUUCCAACCGGCCUUCACGGCAACAGCUUUUUGAGUGGCAGAGAAUGUCUUUACACCUUCCAGAGAGACGUCACACGAAGCUAGCAGCUCUAGGACAACAACCUAGCGAGGUCUUCCGGCAGAUCGUGAAGAUUGAACUUUUUAAGCACAUUAUUACAGCCUUGACAUAUACUUAAACUUUACUUGCGGUCUUUGAAGAUGAAGAACUUGUUUUUUGCAUUUUUUUUAUGUUGUUUCCGCAGAACGAAGUGACAUUGUUUGGUUUGGAGUUUCGUCCCGUAAACAAAACGGUCUGCUUUUCUGUUUAUUCACUGUCACACACACACACACACACACACACACACACACUGGCAAAGACUGGCAGCAAACUAACAUUUCCAGCAUCAGAGACUGCUGCUUAUGUGGGGUUUAUAUGUUGUACUGAUAUUAAGCUCACUUCUCUCACCUUUUGUCUACCUGCUUUGAUUCGGUCACCUCUUCGUCUACCUGCUGUCUUAGUAUCUAUUGCGAUGCAUUUGCUUCAAAGAAUCUGCCUCUGUAGAUGAGAUCGUAUUUUUAUUCAUAUUUUUAUAUGAAAACUCAAAUUCUCUUUCCUUGCUUUUACUGUAAAUUCACAUAAUGCCGUGCACAUUAAAGAAAAUUUAAUAUAAAACAA